AUGGUUGGAAGUUUUGAUGUUUUAGCUCUUGAUUCUAGCACUAAUGGAACAAUGAAACUUUUGCCUGAGGAUUUCAAUUCCAUGGCGUUUAUACGAGAUCAUGUGCCACUCAUAGUUGGAGACAGUGGCAUUGGCAAUGGGGAGGUUCAGAAUGGCACAGAAAAUGGGGAAAGAAAGAUAGUACUAGGAAGACAUAUUCAUACCACAGGCCAUGAAGUCACGGAGCCUGAUAUAGAUGAUGAGGUUACUGGGGAAAGGGAAGCAUAUAUGGCAAGUGUGUUGGCCAGAUACAAAAAAUCUCUUUCAGAAAGGACCAACUAUCACUUAGGUUACCCUUAUAAUUUGGAUUUCGAGUAUGGUGCACUAGCUCAACUUCAGCACUUUUCCAUCAACAACCUUGGAGAUCCGUUUAUUGAAAGCAAUUAUGGUGUCCACUCGAGGCAGUUUGAGGUUGGUGUUUUGGACUGGUUUGCGCGGUUGUGGGAACUGGAGAAAGAUGAGUACUGGGGCUAUAUAACAAAUUGUGGCACAGAAGGCAAUCUCCAUGGCAUCCUAGUUGGGAGAGAGGUCCUCCCAGAUGGAAUUUUAUAUGCCUCACAGGAGUCACAUUAUUCUGUUUUCAAAGCUGCACGUAUGUACAGAAUGGAAUGUGUGAAGAUUGACACUCUUUGUUCUGGUGAGAUUGAUUGUGAUGAUUUCAAGGCCAAGCUUCUUUGUCACAAGGACAAGCCAGCAAUUGUCAAUGUGAACAUAGGUACAACUGUGAAAGGUGCUGUGGAUGACCUUGAUCUGGUUAUAAAGAAACUUGGAGAAGCAGGAUUUUCACAUGACAGAUUCUACAUCCAUUGUGAUGGGGCUUUGUUUGGUCUCAUGUUGCCUUUUGUCAAACGUGCUCCAAGAAUUUCAUUCAAGAAGCCUAUAGGCAGUGUGAGUGUUUCUGGUCACAAAUUCGUGGGGUGCCCCAUGCCCUGUGGGGUGCAGAUAACACGAGUGGAGCACGUGAAGGCCCUUUCGAGGAACGUGGAGUAUCUGGCUUCAAGGGACGCCACAAUCAUGGGAAGCAGAAACGGGCACGCCCCCAUAUUCCUGUGGUACAGUUUGAACAUGAAAGGGUACAGAGGGUUUCAAAAAGAGGUGAACAAGUGUUUGAGGAAUGCACACUACUUGAAAGGUCGUCUUGUGGAUGCUGGCAUUGGAGCAAUGCUCAACGAGCUCAGUAGCACCGUUGUGUUCGAGAGACCUCACGAUGAGGAGUUCGUGCACAAGUGGCAGCUUGCAUGCCAAGGGAACAUUGCCCAUGUUGUGGUCAUGCCCAAUGUCACCAUCCACAAACUUGAUCAUUUUCUUCAGGAGCUUCUGCAGAAGCGUGCUGUGUGGUUUAGGGAUGGUAAGGCUAGACCUUAUUGUAUAGCUUCCGAUGUGGGACUCGCAAAUUGUCUCUGUCCUCUGCAUAGGUGAUUGUCAUUUGUGUCAUUAUGUGUGUUUGUGGCAGUGCUGGCUUGGUCUGUAUUUAGAAUAUAUGGAUAUAAAAAUUGCUGAAACAAAGGUUGCUUUAAAAAUAAAUAAGAAGAAAAGAGUGACA